UCCUCCCUCUUUCCCCCCCUCUCGCUCCCUCCCUCUCCCUCUCUCCCCUCUCUCUCCCUCUCUCUCUCUUGCUCAGAUGUUGGCAAAGGGGUUUUUCUUAAUCAGACUGUUUUUUGGUCCGAGGGAAAGGAGGAAGAAGGAGAUUGUGAUGGAGAAAAGGGGUCUGUAAAACGUCAGGCACCGCACAAAGGCUUUGCCACGUAAUUACAGGCUCCUAUUAAGUCGAGAUCUGCCCUCCCAGGGGUCUCCAAUUUUCUUGUAUUCCCUACAAAGCCUCCUCUGCAUGCCAGUUUGUGCCUUUUGAAGUGCCAGAGAGCUUCUUGAUCCAACUGAGAAGGAAAAAGGAGCUCCGCAAGAAGAGGGGGAGAGAGAGAAGGGAAAGGGGGGAAACCCACCACCACCCUCCUUCGGACUCUUGAAGCCCUUUUUUUUUUCCUUCUCCUAACGAAAAGUAAAGCGAGAAUCCUGCCCUCCAAUACAUCUGCAAGACAUCACCCUCUCCUCCUGAAACUUUAGUCACUCCUGAGAAUCCACAGGAGUGCCGAGAGGGGGAACACGUUUUCUUGAAGAUGUUUUAAAGCUGGAACAAGCCUUCUUCUGUUGGUGCUUGAACUCUUGCCUGGGAAUAACUUUUUUAACCUUAAAAAAAAAAAAACAACAACUCACUUUGAUUCUUCUCUCCCACCCCUCCUUCUCUCUUUCUUCUGUUUGCCUGACUCCCCCGCCCCGCUGGCCUGCCCUCUUUUCUCUCCCCCUUACUAUUAUUUUUAGUGUGUGCGUGUGGACGCUUUGGGAGAGGUGGAAGGAUUUUUUUUCUCCUGACUUGAACAUAGGGUGACUUUUUAAUUUUACUUUUUGGUGUGGAUUAUCUCUUUGGAUCGCGCCGGACUUGGCCUCAGGAAAGCAACCGGGGCUGUCAAAGGCUGCUGGUGGAGAACGCUGUGCUCUGCACCCGGGGGUCCCCCGCCCUCUUUCCACUUUUUUUUUUUUUGUCCUUCCUCUCUCCUCUCCUCUUCUCUCUCUCUCUCUCUCUCCCUCUCUCCCUCUCUCUCUCUCUCUGCACUCCCCCCUCUCUCUUCCCCACUCGGCUCCUCUCCCCCCUCGCGCCCACAGCGUUUGGUGUUGAUUCCAGCGGGAAGAGGGGGGUGGGUGGGAUCGGAGGGGGACACCAUGACCUCCAGCUACGGGCACGUUCUGGAGCGGCAACCGGCGCUGGGCGGCCGCUUGGACAGCGCGGGCAACCUCGACACCCUGCAGGCGAAAAAGAACUUCUCCGUGAGUCACCUGCUAGACCUGGAGGAAGCCGGGGACAUGGUGGCGGCUCAGGCGGACGAGAGCGUGGGGGAGGCAGGCCGGAGCCUGCUGGAGUCGCCGGGACUCACCAGCGGCAGCGACACCCCGCAGCAGGACAACGAUCAGCUGAACUCAGAGGAAAAGAAGAAGAGAAAGCAGCGGAGGAACCGGACCACCUUUAACAGCAGCCAGCUGCAGGCUUUAGAGCGCGUCUUUGAGCGGACCCACUACCCUGAUGCUUUCGUGCGGGAAGACCUCGCCCGCCGGGUGAAUCUCACAGAGGCCAGAGUGCAGGUGUGGUUUCAGAACCGAAGAGCCAAAUUCCGCAGGAACGAGAGAGCCAUGCUGGCCAAUAAAAACGCUUCCCUCCUCAAAUCCUACUCAGGAGAGGUGACUGCCGUGGAGCAACCCAUCGUGCCUCGUCCUGCUCCAAGACCCACCGAUUAUCUCUCCUGGGGGACGGCCUCUCCGUACAGAUCCUCGUCCCUCCCAAGAUGUUGUUUACACGAGGGGCUUCAUAACGGAUUCUAACGGAAGACACUGAAAAGUGCCAUGGCUACUUAUUCUGCCACAUGUGCCAACAGUAGCCCUACACAGGGCAUCCACAUGGCCAACAGCAUUGCCAACCUGAGACUGAAGGCCAAGGAGUAUAGUUUACAGAGGAACCAGGUGCCAACAGUCAACUGAGGA